AUGGACGAAGAUGAGGAAUUCCAGCUGGCUCUUGAAAUGUCAAAGAAGACUUUCAAAGACGAGCAAAAGCUGAGAUCGGCGAACUUGGAUCUGAUUCGUUUCGAGUCUCCAGACGAAUCGGUACGGCAGAAGAAAAUCAGACAGAUCAAGCAGUUGUACGAGGGGAACACGUCGAGUCCGGGAACAUCGUCGUAUUCUGGAUCCGUUGCCACAAGCCCCACCGACUUCCGCCCGGUCUACAAUGAACCACGAGGAGUAGGCCCACUCGCUCACUCCCAAUCCUACCCACAUAACUUCUUCAAUCCGUGGCAAACAGCUCCGGCUGCACCACAGAAUUCACAGUUCCCCGGACCGCCAAGACCACCGAAGCCAGAUCAGUACAAGUUUCCACCACAGCCAUCAAUCGGAUUGAUCCAAGAUCAAUAUUUUGUGGCACCCCCGCCGCCUUUGCCACCGAGGCAGUCUCGAAUUCUUCAAACUUCCCCUGUAAAAAUCAACCCGAGUUCUCCGGUGUCGUCGACACCGUUGAGACAUUCGGCACCGUCGUUCAGCCAAGACCAAUUCUUGUCGCCAAUCAAGCCGUUCGAGACAAGCUUCGACUCAACUAUCGAGAAUCCAAACGAUAGUUCUUCCAAUGACAGUACUCACCAUGACCACAGCGUUCAGUACCAACCGUUAACCCAUCUUCUCGUGCCAUACGUGAUGGAAAACUUGAACUCGUCAUAUGGAGCGCUUCUGGUCGGAGAUCUGAUCGAUUUGAGUUGCAAUGAAGACGCAUCCAUUGAUUCUCAGCACGAGAUCCGAAAAGAAUUCGAUCCGCUGUACGUAUCUAUCAAUUCUACACUUUCACCGAAUUCCUCUAUGCCAGCUGUUCAAAUCUAUCAUGCCAAACCAAUUGAGGAACCAAAAUGUGUGGAAGAUGUGAAGCGAAAAAUCAGUAGUGUCGAAUUUCCAUCGUCGUCGUUUGGUUUGAUCGGCUGUCCAAAUGCAAUUGAGGAGCAGGUCAAGAAAAUCUGCAAGCGGAAUAUGAUCAUGAGGGAGAUGUUCCCGGAUUUCUUCAUUGCACCAACGGUGAACUACAUGACGACUACAGCAAGUACAGUAAAAGUUGUGGUGUACAAAGACUACAGGUACGGUUGGGAAAAACAACAAAAACAUAGAAAGGCAGUAUUUGAAGUGAGUAAUUGUUCUUUUUUCAAACAAAAUGACCGAAAAGGGAAAGCAAUGAUCUGUGCCAUCGAACAAACAAUGGACAUCAUCACCGCACAAGCUUUGUCCUCGUUUGAUUGCUUUCUGGACGAAAAUAAGGUUUAUGGUCUGAAGGUCAGUUGGAUCUACGGCUUGAAUCAGUUUCUGGCAAAGGACAGCUUGCUGGGAACCAAUUUGUACACUGGACAUUGUUUGCUUAAUGGAGAAGAUGUGAAGUUGGAAGUUGGAAUUUUCGAGCCACAGAAAAGAAUCCACGAGCAGAUUUUGGAGUCCUGGAAUUCGAUGAAAAGUCAAAUUCGAUACUCCACCGUGGUUGACAAAGAAGACAUUGAGAACACCUUUGGGCAUUUGGCCCAAGAAAUGAAGAUGUACCAAAUAGCAUUCAAUGAUGGGUCCACUUUAAAAUUGUCAGCAUCAUCCCAAAGGGUCAAGCAAACUGUCCAGCUACUUUGUAACAGCCUCCAUCGAAUCGUGCCAGAGAAACUCUACAACGAAAUGCAAAAGUAUCUGGCUGCCACCACGGAAGACCAGCUUAACAGUCAUCGCAACGACUUUCUCCGUGAAAUUCAUUCAUUUUUGGAGCUCUACUGCAGAUGUACUGUCAGUGGUUACAAUCUUCCUCCACUGCAAAUCAUCACAAAACCAAAAGUCGAGGUGUUGGAGAAGAUGGAUUUUCUUCAAAUCAUGCUCAACUCUGUACACUCGAUUCCAGAAGACUGGCAAAGAGAAUACUCAGAGUUUUACAUGUCGGUUGAUUUGUACUAUGGAACGCAGGUUCUCGACGGACACAGUAACAAGAUUCCAAAGAACAUCAAGAAGGAUCAGUUCUUCCCUCGUAUUCCACUGGAUCUUUAUGCGAAAUUCACUCGCCUCCACCUCUGUACAUAUCCACGGGAGACAAGAAUUGUGGUAUCGAUCAGUGGAACUCUCAAGAACAGUGCUCAACCAUCGAAUGACUAUAAUCCGGUUGUCGUGAUGUUGGGGUAUUGCUCAGUGCCGCUGUAUGAUGAGCAUUUAUACAUGCGCCAAGGUCCCCUCUUCUUGCCAUUGACUCUUUUAAAGAAGAAUCCAAUGCUCAAGCCAUUCGGACCAUAUCCAUUCAUCAAAGACGCGCGCGAUCCAAUUUUGAUCAUUAGUUUCAAAGUCUGGGAUACGGAAAUCUUCUUCCCAAACGUUGUCAUCGAUUUGCAAUGCAUCCCACAAGACUUCUCUACACUCGACGUGGAAACGCAAGAGUAUCUCAUGGAGAUGAUCGAGAAUCAGGAUCCGUCACGAUUGGAAGUGGAUGAUCAGGAUUUGAUUUGGCAGAAAAGAAUGCAUUUGACAAAUCAAGCGGAGGCCCUUCCACUCGUUUUAUCGUCCCUUCAAGAUUGGAGUUUUGGAUUUGUGGUGAAAGUUUAUCAGAUUCUUGAGGAAUGGGCACCACUGAAGCCGGAGACCGCAAUGGAGUUGUUGUUGCCACAGUACCCCGAUGAACGAGUCCGUGCUUAUGCCGUUCGAUCGCUUGCCAGAGGCUCCACUGAUUUCCUCUACCACACAAUCCCCCAAAUCAUCGAGGCUCUUCGAUUUGAGCUUUAUGAGAAAUGUGCACUUGCCGACUUCAUUUUGGAGCUCUCUUUUGUCAGCUUGGACUUUACUUUUGAGAUCUAUUGGCAACUACAACAGCGGGUAGAUCAUUGCGCAGUCGAUGAUCUUCCAUAUGCCAUUAGAUGUCAAAAUCUGCAGCAAAAAAUCAUUGACGAGCACAAGAGUCAAGAUUUGAAAGCGGAUAUUAAGUUGCAACAUGAUUUGUUGAACGAAUUGGAUUCGAUUCAGGAUGAAUUGAGAGCGAAAUCAACUGACAGCGAUUCUGACAGACUUCACCGCCUAAAACUUCGACUCGGUCGCCUGGAUUCUCAAUUAUUGACCAAACGAGUCCGUCUUCCAAUUUGUCCUGCAUUCGAUUGCACUGGAAUCCGAGUUGAUGAGUGCAACAUCUUCAAUUCGAAUGCGAAGCCACUUAAAAUUGUGUUCCGAGGACUCAAUAAGAACUACUCUAUUAUUCAUAAAGUAAGUUACAUUCUAUUAUAUUUCCUGAAACAAAAAAAUCAAUUUCAGCGCGACGAUGACAUGCGGCAAGACUCAUUUGUAUUGAAAAUGGUGAACGAAAUGGAUCGCAUUUGGAAAACCAAUGGACUCGACCUCCGCAUGAUCACAUUCCGCAUCAUGCCAGUCGGAUAUCGCCGUGGAAUGGGAGAGCUCGUGUUGAACUGUGCGACACUUUUGGAGAUUCAGAAGGAAGAUGGGCUACGCGGUGUUCUCAACGAUGAAGUGCUCCGAAAAUGGCUCAUCAAGCACAACAGCGAUGAGUUUGCCUACAAGAAUGCGCAGGAUAAUUUCAUCAGAUCUUGUGCCGGAUGGUGCAUUGUCACUUAUGUACUGGGGAUUGGUGAUCGGCACAACGACAACAUCUUGUUCACGAAGAACGGACACGUUUUCCAUAUCGAUUUUGGAAAAUACAUGGGGGAUUGGCAGAUGGCGGCUGGUUUCAGAAGAGAUCGAGUCCCAUUCGUUUUCACAACCGAAAUGUUCUACGUGAUCAACGGCGGAAAGUCACCAACUCAACAAUAUCAAUUGUUCAUCGACUACUGUUGCCAAGCGUUCAAUCAUUUGAGACGCAAUAAGAACGUUCUGACCAAUCUGCUGAGGAUCGUGAGUUGUUGUUAUUUGUCGUUGAUUUCCACGAGCCUAGAGAUGAUGGCUUGCUCUGAAAUCUCUGGAAUCAAUCCGAGCUCUCUUGCAUUCGUCGAGAAAAAUCUAAUGCUGGAUCUUUCGGAAACCGACGCCACUGUCCAGUUCACAGCCAUGAUCCAAAACUCGUUGAACAGCUCUUCGGUCCGUCUGAACUUUGUGGCUCACACUUUUGCACAGUUCAUGUCGUCAAGUUCGAGUUUCGCAAAGCAAGAUCCACACAAGCUCAGCUUCGUUCCUGAAUUGUUUACCAUGAAAACUGACGGACGAAUUUCGAAAGUGGUUGUUGUCACUUUUGAGAAACACUGUAUUCCAAACAAGAUUUAUGUAAGUUUACAGAGUGUGAAAUAUUUUGAAUCUUUUCAAUUUCAGAUGUACAAAUUAGAAGUCCACCGUCGAAACGUCACUGUCCCAUCGUUUAUCUACCGGUCGUUUGCAGACUUUGAAGAGCUGCAUAGAAAGUUGCGAGAGAGGUUCCCGGCCAUGGUGUUGUCUUUGAACACCACUUCCAACAUGCGGUCAAAUGUCAGAGCCGUUGCUCAGAAGAGAAUGAUCCAUGUGCAGCAGUUCUUGAUCUACUUGUUCAACCAAGUCGACGAGAUUUGUCAUUGCGACCUCGUCUACACAUUUUUCCAUUCGAUCCUGCGUGACAACAAGUGUGACACCUACGUGGAUCACUCUGGAAUUGCUCCACCAGACUGCCAAGUCUUCUUGAAGCUCCAACACAACAGUGUGAAGAACACGCUCAACGUGUUCGUCGGGCAUGUGAAAAAUUUGCCACUUCUUCAAACCGGUCAACCUCCGGAUCCAUACGUCAAGAUGUAUAUCCGACCAAAUUUGCAAAAUUUCCCGAAGAAGAAGACAAACAUUGUCCGCGAUACUCAACAUCCGACUUUCAACCAGGAGUUCACAUACGAAGGAUUCCCAGCCGAUAUGCUGAAUUCUCGAGUUCUAGAAGUCGACAUCUGGAACAGCUCUGGAAUUCUUGAGAAACACAAAAUGUUCUCCAUGUGCAUCCCCCUCAUCAAGCUGUACCAAGCGAAGGAGUCUCGGAAAUCGCAAAGAGUCGUCGAAGGAUGGUUCCAAUGCUAUAAAUAUAUUUAA